AAUCAAUCAUGAAUCUUUGAUUUCUGUUUUUAUUUUACAUUUUGAUUUAUACAAAAUAUAUAUAAACUUUCAACUAUCACAGUGAUUUAUGGGACUAAUGAAUUUCGUUACCAGUUCUCUCAGUCACAACACUACAAAGAUGGUGAACAUGGCUACAAGUUCGGUGAAAAGAAAACCUGAAGAAGACUUUGCAAUUGUUGCUUCUAAAAGACCGAAGCAAAAUGACUUGGCAAUUAGAAACGUGCAGCAAAGUAUCAUGCAAAGGGGUCCACCUAGGUCUAGUUCUUUGAUGGCUCCCAUUAUGUUAUUGACUGGCCAUGAGAGUGAAGUUUUUACCACUGAAUUUCAUCCAGAUGGGGAUAUCCUUGCCUCUGCUGGAUUUGAUCGCUUGAUAUAUUUAUGGAAUGUUUACGGUGAAUGUGAAAAUUUUGCUGUUUUAAAAGGACACACUGGUGCUAUUAUGGAACUUCAUUUUAAUAUAGAUGGAAGUAUGAUUUUUACUGCUUCAACUGAUAAGACUGUUUGUUGUUGGGACUACGAAACUGGAAGUCGGUUGAAAAAAUUCAAGGGGCACCAAUCUUUUGUAAAUUCGUGUUGUCCAUCAAGACGGGGAAAUCAAAUGAUUGUUAGUGGAGCUGAUGACAGUACUAUCAAGCUUUGGGACAUUCGAAAAAAAGGAGCUGUUCAAACAUUCCAGGACAUUUAUCAGGUCACAGCUGUUAGCUUCAAUGAUACAUCAGAUCAAAUAUUGUCUGGUGGAAUUGAUAAUGAAGUAAAGGUUUGGGAUUUACGUAAAAAUGAUAUUCUUUACAAAAUGCCUGGACAUACUGAUACCAUUACGGGAUUCAAACUGAGUCCAGAUGGAUCAUUCCUCCUUUCAAAUGCUAUGGAUAACACAGUUCGUAUUUGGGAUGUUAGACCAUAUGCUCCUGUUGAACGAUGUGUGAAAGUGUUCAUGGGCGCACAACAUAAUUUUGAAAAAAAUUUAAUAAAAUGCUCCUGGUCACCGGAUGGUAAAAUGAUAACAUCUGGGUCAGGUGAUAGGUUUGUCUACGUGUGGGACACCCAAUCACGAAGGAUAUUAUAUAAGUUACCAGGUCACGAUGGUUCCGUCAAUGAUGUGGAUUUUCAUCCGAAAGAACCAAUAUUGUUAUCUGUUGGAAGUGAUAAAAAGAUUUAUCUUGGAGAGUUACAUUUGCGGUAAUACUGAACUUGCAGUAAACAAAUACAAAUACAUAGAAACCCGUGGAUGCGGAAAUCACCAGAUCAGAUGAGUUGAUGGAAUGUUUGCUAACUUAUACUGUUGCUUGAGUAGAGCUGUAAUUUUUUAGUUUUACUCUUAAAUGCUCCGGCAGAUAGCCAAUCACGAUUGCCCAAUAUCUAGUGAUGACGACAUUGGGACAUCCAUGAUGCAUAUGAUUUUUAUUGCUUACUUGAAGUACCACGUCUACAACCGUAUCUCUUGUACACUUAAGGCUAUGUACGUUUAUUUCUUUUGUCAACGGUCCAAUACACUCCAGCUAUAUUGUAAAGGUACAUUCUUGCAUAGUAUUUUUUAUUAUUUCAUAUAAUGUUGAUACAUGACAGUGAACGUUAAAAUGAAGCCUUGCUGUGCUUGGCAUGUGGAAGGUUUCCACUAAAUAAUUUUAAGUUUAUCGUUACAAAUACAGUGUCGACCUGUUGUAUAUAUUUUUUUUGUGCCAAUAAAGCAAAAAGUAGUUAGUUUUCUUUUGCA